GGCAGCGCAGCGCACCAGCCAGAUAAACUAGCUAACACGGGAUUAAGGGACUUUAGUUAAUGAUGACACAAUUAUUUAUGAAAGAAAACGACUGUCGCCGCACCUGCUUUUUCGCUCGGAGAUCCACUGUUUCUCUGGGUAAAAACAGCAGAAAGGACAGGGUCGAUUUUUAUCGAAACAGACAAGAAUUUGCAAUGGGGUUUGCUUACUAGCUAGACUUGCUAACGUCAAGCAGCCGGCUAAUGAUCAAACCGCACCACCAAACAGACGUAAAGUGAUAGACACCGGAAGUAACCUUACCUUGUAGGAAGAUAAACUAUCUCCAGAUUUCCAUUGCGAUAGUUUGGUGCGAACAUGGAAGGCGCUCUGGGAGAUUUGAUGGAGCAGGAAGGAUAUGACGGCAGCGACAAACCACCGUCGUCCCUCAAAGCCCCUUUCCGUUCCACUCGGCUUCACAUCCAGAGAAGCAGUGUCUGCUCCCGGGCUUAUUUUGUGGUGGUCAUGGUCUUCUUUCAUGUAUAUAUCUUGAAUGUUAUCGGCCUGCUGCUGUACGUGCACUACAACAACGGCCCCGGAGACGGGGCCACCCCAGCAUCAGUCAGCGAGGGCGGCCCCCCUCUGCCCCAGCCUGCCCCGGACUCCAGAGAGCUACAUGUGGAGGACUACAGUCAGAGCUUCAGUCUGCCUCGUAUUGAGGGGAUACGGGUGGGUCAUGUUCAGCAGGUGUCCCUCGUGCCAGACAGGACACAUGAGAUGAGGACGAUGAGCCUGAAACCUCUGCUUUUUGAGAUCCCUGGCUUCCUGUCAGAGGAGGAGUGCCGUGUGGUGGUGCAGCUGGCUCAGCUCAAGGGUCUGAUGGAGAGCCAGAUGCAACGACCCAGCCAGGGACAAGAGGAGUCAAACCAGCCACUCCUUUCCCUCAGCACAGAGGAGGUCUUCAGUCUGUUGGACCUGAACCAGGAUGGGCUGCUGCAGAAGCAGGAGAUUGUGAGUCACUCACACUCUCAAGAUGGAACUUGGUUGAAUCCAGACAACUUGCGGGAGAUACUUUCCAGUCUGGAAGCCUGCCCAACAGGGAUGCUUACCUUGGAAGACUUUAGACGUGUUUAUGAUGUGUCCCAGCGCCCAGGACAACAGCGAAGCGGGAAGCUCAGGAGUCACUUCAAACAGAGAAACAAACAUACGUGGCUUCACCAGGGCCCGGGAUCCCACCAUGUGCUGCAGACACUCAGGAAGAGAGUAACCAGUCUGACCCGUCUGCCCUCUGCAUUGGUUGAGCUGAGUGAGCCGCUGCAGGUGAUUCGUUAUGAGCAUGGAGACUUCAGUAACGCCCACCAUGAUAGCAGUCCUUCUCAUCCAGAGACUACCUGUGCACACACACGACUGGCCGGAAACAAGUCUGCCCUCACAGAAGUCUCAUGCAGGUAUCUUACCGUGUUAUUCUACCUCAGCUCUGUAGAGGAAGGUGGUGAGACCACUUUUCCUGUGGCAGACAACCGUACCUAUGAAGAGGAGGCGCUGGUUCAGGAUGGAGUUGAUUUGACAGAUACUCAGGAGACAUGUGGAAGAGGGAACGUGAGAAUAAAACCUACUGCUGGGACAGCUCUCCUCUGGUACAACCAUCUCUCUGAUGGCAGAGGUUGGAUGGGUGAGCUGGAUGAGUAUUCCCUCCACGGCGACUGCCCAGUCAGGCGUGGGUUGAAGUGGAUGGCCAACAGCUGGGUAAAUGUGGACCCAGAUUACCAGCAGCAGGCCCGCUACCAGAGACUAGUUGCUCAAAGGCAUCGAGCUAAGUCGGGCAUGGAGGAGCAUUACCAACCGUUCUCACACAGCGACCUCCACCAGGAUUUAUAACCAGGCUUUUUUAAUGACAUGACAAAUUGAACAUAAUUUUAAAACAGAGUCUGUUUUGUAUCUGUGAAGCCAGUGAGGGCUGACAGAUGUUUUCAUAGUGUCAGAUGCUGUAGUCGAUAUGGAAAGUGCACAAAACAGCAUCUCAGAUAUCUCCUCCUUUUAGUACGGGUGUUUUCUCAUAUGGUCCUUUUUAGACAAACCAAACUGACGUCGUCUUAAUAUAGAACAAAAAGUGGACCAACAGAAAGGGGACCAUGUUCUUUUUGGAGACAUACGAUCAGUUCAUUUGAAAGACGUCAUCAGCUCUGGUGGGGCAUCAGUACUUUUUAUGUUCACACUGUAGUUCCUCUGGAGCUUAGACAUUUGCUGCUUUGGAUAUUUAUAUAUAUUUAAUAAUAAGAAUAAUUACAUUGGCAGAGAAAGAGAGAGAGAGAGAGAGAGGUGGUAAAUUUGGUUGUAAAGUACUUUAUGCUUUUUUUUUUUUACUUUGAUUCAGCACUGCAUCAUGCUCAUGAAGCCCUUUGCUUUUAUGCUGAAAGUUGAGGAAAACUCUAGAUUUUCUGUGCAUUGUAGACAGUCGCCAAAACUACUCCUCUUCUUCCUCCUUGCUGGCAUUACCAGCGGACAUGGUUAGCAUCCCAGUGCAAUAGCAUGUCAUUUAGAGGACUAAGAUACAAAGGCAAAGCAAACCUAAAGCACUUUUUGUUCACAGUGCAUAAGUUAAGUUAUUGUGGUCUGUGUUCGUCUGAGUGUUCACAUAGGCGCAUGAAAAUGCUGACUCACCACUCUAAGUCUGCCUGUAGGGUUAAAAGGGACCAUGUAUGAAAACACCCUAAAUCUCUCUUUUAUAUUAUGUGUCUCAAGCGAAUGCUUGGAUAUCUAUAAUUACUUAAUACAUAAGUGUGUUUCAUUUCAAAUAGAUUUUUAUAAGUAAUUGUGGUUGGCAGAUACCAAGGUUUCAUCACAAUGUAUUUAUGAUACAUAAAUAACAAAUACACAUGAAUUACACAGAGUAACUGCCAUCCUUUGUUUAAUCGCAUCUUAAAUAAGAUAUAACUUAUUGAGGAUAACAGAUAUAUAUGGAUGCCGUGAUGUGAGCUUGAAAAAGAUGCAGUCAUGUCUAAGAGACAAGCCUGCUUACCUGCCUCCCAAAUUAGUUUUACUAGGCAGCUGCCCCCAUUCCAGGCCAGUGUUAUUUAUUGUUAUAGAAUUAAAGCCUUUGUUAAAAGCCAUAUACCAACAUUAAUGUGUGAAUGUGUUCCCGAGGGAGAUAUUUGUGAGAUUAUUAAUGUGUAUGCUGUUCUUUAGUUUCCAGAGCUAAUGAGCCUUUAUCAUGAAAUGUUUAUUUAAUGAGGGUUUGCCGCAUCUACUAUAAGUGCAGGGCUGUUCUUGACUGGACAAAUAAUAGCUUGCCACACUGGCUGUGGGAGGCCAGGUUUUCAGGUGUAAUUCUUUGAUAUUUUUGUCUUUCUUAUCUUCAUAACUCAAAAAUAUUUAAUUGUUUCAGAGUAUUUAUUUAAGUGUUAUUUAUUACCACCAUUUGGUGAUUUAAGUUAAAGGAAUGCAUAUUUAUUACUGCUUGAUGUUGCACUGAAUCUGUUACUG